CAGAGACUGUAGGGGAGGGGACUGUCUCAGAUCACUGACCGCAGUCUUUAGUAGAGACGUAUCAUGCCUUUCUGCAGCGACAAUACCUGCUAUUUGCUCUGAUAUCAGAAGGGUUAGAGACCAAGAGACCAGGUCAGUUCCGUGUCUACAGGGUCCUCAGCACCACCAAUGAGGACACUGGCAUGGCUGUCUUCAAGCAACACAGAGUGGAAGACUUCUAUGAGAUGGCUGAAGACCUGGGAAGUGGUCAGUUUGCCAUUGUAAAGCGUUGCCGGGAGAAGAGUACAGGUCUGGACUAUGCUGCUAAAUUCAUCAAGAAGCGUCAGAGCCGGGCCAGCAAGCGAGGGGUAAAGAGGGAGGACAUUGAGAGAGAAGUGGACAUCCUUCAACAGCUCUCACAUCCAAAUAUUGUCCAGCUUCAUGAUGUCUUCGAGACGCGCACUGAUGUGGUCCUUAUACUGGAACUUGUGUCAGGAGGAGAGCUGUUUGACUUCCUGGCCCAGAAGGAGUCUCUGAGUGAAGAGGAGGCCACUCAGUUCAUCAAACAAAUCCUGCAGGGUGUCCACUACCUCCACUCCAGGAAAAUAGCACACUUUGACCUGAAGCCUGAGAAUGUCAUGCUGCUGGAUAAGAAUGUGGCUCUACCACGCAUUAAGAUCAUAGACUUUGGCUUGGCACAUAAAAUGGAUCAAGUCGGGGGGGACUUUAAAAACAUCUUUGGGACACCUGAAUUUGUUGCCCCAGAAAUAGUAAACUAUGAAGCCCUGGGUUUAGAAGCAGACAUGUGGUCUGUCUAUUAUACUCUCUCUAACAGGAGUAUUGGAGUCAUCACAUACAUUCUUUUGAGUGGCGCUUCGCCGUUCCUGGGGGACUCAAAGCAGGAGACUCUGGCAAACAUCUCUGCCGUAGACUACGAGUUUGACGAGGAGUUCUUCAGCACCACCAGUGAGCUAGCCAAAAGCUUCAUACGACAACUACUGGAAAAGGACACCAGGAAACGAUUGACGAUUCAAGGUGCACUGAAUCACCCUUGGAUACAGCCACAGGACCCCAGACAGGCUUUGGUGAGGAGGCAGUCUGUCAUCAAUUUAGAGAACUUCAGAAGACAGUACGCCCGGCGACGGUGGAAGCUCUCCUUCAGGAUUGUAGCCCUGUGUAACCAUUUAACUCGUAUGAUGAAGAAAGGUAACCCUAAGCUGGCAGCCCAGGAUGAGAGAGACUGUGAGAGCGACCAGGAGGAAGAGGUGAUCAUGAAGAAACGUCCCAGAACCAGGAAGAGAAGCAGCACUUCCUGAAAUGUGCCUAUGUUUCCUGAAAUGUUUGCCUGUAAUAGAGGGCUUGGUGUGAUUGGUUGACUGUGGGUUGUUAACCAUUCAUUGGUUUAAUGUGUCUGUAAGGACCGACCACACAGUGUAUAUUUCAGAUGCAAAGUGGACAAAAGAUCUUUGCAGAUUAUUGUGUGAAAAGAUCAGUGUGCAACACCUUGAUAGUGUUUCACACCUCUUGUUUGUUAAGGUAUCUAAAAGGAAAUGUUCAAGUGAGGGUUAGAGCCCACCCUUCCAAAAAACCACAGACUCAGAAAUGAUGACCAUUAAGAUAAUUGUAGAAAGGCUGUGUUGCAUGAAAAUCUCUUUGCGACUGGUUCAGGCUUUGCAGACCACCAUAGUUAUCCUCACUACCCAGUCAGUCUCAUUACCAACAGGACUGAAAACACAUUCAUAUUUGCAGUAACAAACUGGGAGAAGUUUUGGCCUUGCUGCCUUGGGCAUUUGAUCUAGAACCCAAGUUGCUCUAACUGUCGUUCUACCUGUUGCCCCGUGGUCCGCUGUGUAUGCUGCACUAUAGUAAUAAUUAUAUGAAUUAUUUGCAACACAUAUUCAGGUUUCUGUGCCAAUACACCACACAACCAAUAAGUAUCACGCAUGAAUGCACACUGAUGAUGUCAGAUGUGUCGUCAUCAUGCUUUGUUCUUUCAGAUAAUGUUUUGUUAAUGUUUUCACCUCUCAGAAAAGUCCCAAAAGAUAUUUUCAACCAUUUCAAAAGGAAGAUUUAUUAAUAAUUACUAUGCUAAACCGACAGUUAUUUAAAAAAAAUAAUAAUAAUCUGUACAUUUUCCAAUCUGUGAGACAUUCUUUAACACACUUUAAACAAUUUAUCAGUAAACUAUUUGUUAAAAUCUUUUUCAUUUCUAACAUUUUUAGCUAAACAAAGAAGAAAUUAUACUUUAAUAGUCUGAGUGGCUUUUGCCUUUACAGAUUUUACAACAUUAAGUGCCUGUACAUUUUUCAACCUAACACCACUGUGAUAAGCAAAUUAAGUUCUCAACUGUCUUUGUUGUAAUGAGGUUGUUAUUCACUUGAAGACCAUAUAAUUGCUUUGACAUUGUUAUAAUACCCACACAAGAGGUUUGCUCUCUUGCUGUUGGUCAAUAUUACAGAUGCCGUCCAGUAUUAGUUCUUAUCUUGGAUCUAAUUUUAAACAAACCUGUCUGUUUAAAAAUUUUUUAAUCAAGAGUAUAUUUGGUUUUUAUUCGGUUCAUACACGCAAAAAAAAGUUAAAGUAUUUCUUGUGAAAUGAUAAGCAUUUCAAAGUGCAUUUCAGUUAAUUGUAAUGUUUUGUUUACAAAGUUGUUGUUCUAGUUGCUUGAGCAUGUUAGAACCUCUGUGUGUCAGGACAGGAUCCAGUGAGCAUGUUAGAACCUCUGUGUGUCAGGACAGGAUCCAGUGAGCAUGUUAGAACCUCUGUGUGUCAGGACAGGAUCCAGUGAGCAUGUUAGAACCUCUGUGUGUCAGGACAGGAUCCAGUGAGAAUGUUAGAACCUCUGUGUGUCAGGACAGGAUCCAGUGAGCAUGUUAGAACCUCUGUGUGUCAGGACAGGAUCCAGUGAGCAUGUUAGAACCUCUGUGUGUCAGGACAGGAUCCAGUGAGCAUGUUAGAACCUCUGUGUGUCAGGACAGGAUCCAGUGAGCAUGUUAGAACCUCUGUAUGUCAGGACAGGAUCCAGUGAGCAUGUUAGAACCUCUGUGUGUCAGGACAGGAUCCAGUGAGCAUGUUAGAACCUCUGUGUGUCAGGAUAGGAUCCAGUGAGCAUGUUAGAACCUCUGUGUGUCAGGACAGGAUCCAGUGAGCAUGUUAGAACCUCUGUAUGUCAGGACAGGAUCCAGUGAGCAUGUUAGAACCUCUGUGUGUCAGGACAGGAUCCAGUGAUCAUGUUAGAACCUCUGUGUGUCAGGAUAGGAUCCAGUGAGCAUGUUAGAACCUCUGUGUGUCAGGACAGGAUCCAGUGAGCAUGUUAGAACCUCUGUGUGUCAGGACAGGAUCCAGUGAUCAUGUUAGAACCUCUGUGUGUCAGGAUAGGCAAGGCAGGCAAGGCAAUUUUAUUUAUAUAGCACAUUUCAUACACAAUGGUCAUUCAAAGUCUGUCAGGAUAGGAUCCAGUGAGCAUGUUAGAACCUCUGUGUGUCAGGACAGGAUCCAGUGAUCAUGUUAGAACCUCUAUGACAGGACAGGAUCCAGUGAGCAUGUUAGAACCUCUGUGUGUCAGGACAGGAUCCAGUGAGCAUGUUAGAACCUCUGUGUGUCAGGACAGGAUCCAGUGAGCAUGUUAGAACCUCUGUGUGUCAGGACAGGAUCCAGUGAGCAUGUUAGAACCUCUGUAUGUCAGGACAGGAUCCAGUGAGCAUGUUAGAACCUCUGUGUGUCAGGACAGGAUCCAGUGAGCAUGUUAGAACCUCUGUGUGUCAGGAUAGGAUCCAGUGAGCAUGUUAGAACCUCUGUGUGUCAGGACAGGAUCCAGUGAGCAUGUUAGAACCUCUGUGUGUCAGGACAGGAUCCAGUGAUCAUGUUAGAACCUUUGUGUGUCAGGAUAGGCAAAGCAGGCAAGGCAAUUUUAUUUAUAUAGCACAUUUCAUACACAAUGGUCAUUCAAAGUGUGUCAGGACAGGAUCCAGUGAGCAUGUUAGAACCUCUGUGUGUCAGGACAGGAUCCAGUGAUCAUGUUAGAACCUCUGUGUGUCAGGACAGGAUCCAGUGAGCAUGUUAGAACCUCUAUGACAGGACAGGAUCCAGUGAGCAUGUUAGAACCUCUGUGUGUCAGGACAGGAUCCAGUGAGCAUGUUAGAACCUCUGUGUGUCAGGACAGGAUCCAGUGAGCAUGUUAGAACCUCUGUGUGUCAGGACAGGAUCCAGUGGUCAUGUUAGAACCUCUGUGUGUCAGGACAGGAUCCAGUGCUCUUUCCCGUAUAACUGAGAUAUGCUCCUUUUAGCAAAGGGCAAUGUUUGCAUCUUUGAAAUGUUACAAAUAUGUUGGUUCAAUCAAAAAUCACCGUUAAUGGUGUGUAGCCAACAAAGUGUAUUCAGGGGAUUUUCUAUAGUCCAUUGUUUUACAUUUCUAAUCUUUUUUCUGUCAUUGUGUUUUAUGGCCAAUGUACAUUAAUGUUAGGUUCAUCUAUAUGCAGUCUUGUAUGGCUCAAAUGGUAAUGUUUAGAUAUAUUUUCAUAUAUUUAUGAAAUGUGAAUGUUUUUUUUUGUUUUGUUUUGCUUUUGUCUUAAUUGUGAAGGCUUCACUGAACAGGACCAAUAUUCUCAUAAUUCUUCUUUUCAAAAACAUGAGUUUGUAAAAAUAAACAACAUAAAAACUGACGUGUGUAAUGUAAUUUACUUUGUGUAGGUCACAUGCUUGGAAAAAUAGCAUUGAAUUACAUUUGCUGUCACGAGUCACAUGCCAUGUACAGUAGUAUGCUCUGUAGUUAUAUCCAGGUCUGUGUGAACACUGAUGUCCAGGUCAGUGUGAAGACUGAUGUCCAGGUCAGUGUGAAGACUGAUGUCCAGGUCAGUGUGAAGACUGAUGUCCAGGUCAGUGUGAAGACUGAUGUCCAGGUCAGUGUGAAGACUGAUGUCCAGGUCUGCGUGAAGACUGAUGUCCAGGUCUGCGUGAAGACUGAUGUCCAGGUCAGUGUGAAGACUGAUGUCCAGGUCUGCGUGAAGACUGAUGUCCAGGUCUGUGCGUGAAGACUGAUGUCCAGGUCUGCGUGAAGACUGAUGUCCAGGUCUGUGCGUGAAGACUGAUGUCCAGGUCUGCGUGAAGACUGAUGUCCAGGUCUGUGCGUGAAGACUGAUGUCCAGGUCUGCGUGAAGACUGAUGUCCAGGUCUGUGCGCGAGUUGGAUUGGUUAAACCUCAGAUGCUUUCAUUAGUAAUCUGAGUUAAAGUAAACACCCACGGGCAACCUGGCAGAUCCACAUCUGGCCACUUUGUUCUCCACUCCGUUGCAUUAUCUAUAUAUCCACACAGACAACUGAUUCAUAUUACAGAGGAUCCAGGUACAACAAAUCACAGCCUUGAGAGGUGCAACAGCUAUAUUAAACAGCACAAUCAGCGCCGGGGUGUUAGUUGUCUGGAGCCUCUGUAAUAAAGGGUUGUCUGUCUUCAGUAAAAUG